AGAAAACAAUCCGACCGUCUUUCACCUUCACAGGAAGGAAGUGUGAGUUAAAGACACAAACCAUCAACCCGCCGGUGUGUUCUGCAGGACCUGUGAGCCUUUAACCUGCUGAUUGUCCGGCCUAUUAAAGAGUCGACAGAGGAGGAAACUCCCCCACCCGCCACUCCACCAUGGCGGACAUCAAGAACUUCCUGUAUGCCUGGUGUGGAAAAAAGAAACUGACUCCCACCUACGACAUCCGAGCUGCAGGGAACAAAAACAGGCAGAAGUUUUUGUGUGAGGUCCGCAUUGACGGCCACAAUUACAUCGGGAUGGGCAACUCCACCAACAAGAAGGACGCUCAGACCAACGCUGCCAGAGACUUUGUCAACUACCUGGUCCGAAUCGGGGAAAUGAGCGCAGCAGAGGUUCCAGCUCUCGGGGUGAGCGCUCCAGCUGGUGACCAACCUGACGGGGGAGGAGGAGCAGGAGGAGCAGGAGGAGGAGACGCUGGCUUUGGAAGCCUCCCUUCCAGUGGUCCUCUGCCACCUCACCUUGUAGUAAAAGCUGAACAAGAGGACAGCAGCUACGGGCCAGUACCAGGAGUGACUGGACUCGGUUACUCAGGAGGAGGAAACUCUGGAUGGGGAGGAGGAGGAGGAGGAGGAGGAGGAGGAGGAGGAGGAGGAGGAGCUCAGUGGGAUCGAGGAGCCAACCUGAAGGAGUACUACGCCAAGAGAGAUGAACAGGAAGCUCAGGCGACUCUGGAGUCGGAGGAGGUGGACCUGAAUGCUAAUCUCCAUGGUAACUGGACGCUGGAGAACGCCAAGGCCCGUCUGAACCAGUUCUUCCAGAAGGAGAAAACCAGCGCUGAGUAUAAAUACAGCCAAGUGGGACCAGACCACAACAGGAGCUUCAUAGCAGAGAUGCAGCUGUUUGUGAGACAGCUCGGCAGAAGGAUCACGGCUCGAGAGCACGGCUCUAACAAGAAGCUGGCAGCCCAGUCGUGUGCUCUGUCUCUGGUGCGGCAGCUGUACCACCUGGGAGUCCUGGAGGCGUACUCCGGAGUCACCAAGAAGAAGGAGGGGGAAACUUUGGAGGUGUUCGAGGUCAACGUGUCUCCGGACCUUCAGCAGCAGCUGGCCGCUGUCGUCCAGAAGCUCGAAGUCCAAAUCCCCCCACCUCCUGCAGACCCCUCCAGCUGGGUGUCUCUGGUUCAGGGGAAGAUGGCGACGUUUGAGCCGUCCCAGCGUCAGAGCGGAGCUGGGGUCGUCCCCUGGUCGCCUCCACAGGUCAACUGGAACCCUUGGACCAGCAGCAACAUCGACGAGGGACCGCUGGCCUACUGCACUCCGGAGCAGAUCAGCAGCGACCUUCACGACGAGCUGAUGUACCAGCUGGAACAUGACGACAACCUGCAGAAGACUUUGAUGGAACGCGACCAGCUGCCUGUCAAACAGUUUGAGGAGGAGAUCAUGACCACCAUCAACAAUAACUCUGUGGUGAUCAUCAGAGGAGCGACGGGCUGCGGUAAAACCACUCAGGUCCCUCAGUACAUCCUGGACCGCUUCAUCAAGGGAGGCAAAGCAUCCGACUGCAACAUCGUCGUCACCCAGCCCAGAAGGAUCAGCGCCGUGUCGGUGGCCGAGCGAGUCGCCUUUGAGAGAGGAGAGGAUAUUGGGAAGAGCUGUGGCUACAGCGUCCGCUUCGAGUCUAUCCUGCCUCGACCGCACGCCAGCGUCCUCUUCUGCACCGUUGGUGUGUUGCUGCGGAAGCUCGAAGCAGGAAUCAGAGGCAUCAGUCACGUUAUCGUUGAUGAAAUCCACGAGAGAGACAUUAAUACGGACUUCCUGAUGGUGGUCCUCAGAGAUGUGGUCCAGGCCUACCCGGACAUCCGCAUCAUCCUCAUGUCGGCCACCAUCGACACCACCAUGUUCAGAGAGUACUUCUUCAACGCCCCCAUCAUCGAGGUGUUUGGACGCACUUUCCCCGUACAAGAGUACUUCCUGGAAGAUUGCAUCCAGAUGACCAACUUUGUCCCUCCACCGAAUGACCGCAAGAAGAAAGACAAGGACGAGGAGGGAGGAGAUGAUGAUACUAACUGUAACGUGAUCUGUGGUCCCGACUACACGGCAGAGACGAAGCGUUCGAUGGCUCAGAUUAACGAGAAGGAGACGUCCUUCGAGCUGGUGGAGGCUCUUCUGAAGUACAUCGAGACGCUGAAGGUGGCCGGAGCCGUGCUCAUCUUCCUGCCCGGCUGGAACCUCAUCUACUCCAUGCAGAGACACCUGGAGACCAACCCACACUUUGGAAGUAACCGGUACCGGAUCCUGCCGCUCCACUCACAGAUACCCCGAGAGGAACAGAGGAGGGUGUUUGAACCGGUGCCCGACAACAUCACAAAGGUGAUUCUGUCCACCAACAUCGCAGAGACGAGCAUCACCAUCAACGACGUCGUCUACGUCAUCGACUCCUGCAAGCAGAAGGUGAAGCUCUUCACCUCCCACAACAACAUGACCAACUACGCCACCGUCUGGGCCUCCAAGACCAACCUGGAGCAGAGGAAGGGUCGAGCUGGCAGAGUGCGGCCAGGCUUCUGCUUCCACCUCUGCAGCCGCGCUCGAUUCGAUAGGCUGGAGACUCACAUGACUCCAGAGAUCUUCAGGACUCCGCUGCAUGAAGUCGCUCUGAGCAUCAAACUGCUGAGACUCGGAGCCAUCGGACACUUCCUGUCCAAGGCCAUCGAGCCACCGCCGCUGGACGCUGUCAUUGAGGCUGAACACACUCUGAAAGAGCUGGAUGCUUUGGACUCUAACGAUGAACUGACUCCUCUUGGACGAAUUCUGGCUCGACUGCCCAUCGAACCUCGGCUGGGGAAGAUGAUGAUCAUGGGCUGCAUCUUCCAUGUUGGAGAUGCCAUGUGCACCAUCUCGUCCGCCUCGUGUUUCCCGGAGCCUUUCGUCAGCGAGGGAAAACGUCUCGGCUUCGUCCACAGAAACUUUGCCGGCAGCCGCUUCUCCGAUCACGUGGCCCUGCUGUCCGUCUUCCAGGCCUGGGACGACGUCAGGGUUAACGGCGAGGAAGCAGAAAACCGUUUCUGUGAACACAAACGUCUCAACAUGUCGACUCUGAGGAUGACCUGGGAGGCCAAAGUCCAGCUGAAAGAGAUCUUGGUCAACGCAGGAUUCCCUGAAGAGUGUCUGAUGACUCAGAUGUUCAACACCGUGGGACCAGACAACAACCUGGACGUGGUGGUUUCUCUGCUGACCUUCGGCUCGUACCCGAAUGUCUGCUACCACAAAGAGAAGAGGAAGAUCCUGACCACCGAGGGGCGCAACGCCCUCAUCCACAAAUCCUCCGUUAACUGCCCCUUCAGCAGCCAUGACAUGACCUACCCAUCCCCGUUCUUCGUCUUCAGUGAGAAGAUUCGAACCCGAGCGAUCUCGGCUAAAGGGAUGACGCUGGUCAGUCCUCUGCAGCUGCUGCUGUUCGCCUGCAAGAAGAUCAACUCCAACGGAGACAUCGUGGAGCUCGACGAAUGGAUCAAGCUGAGGAUUCCUCACGAGGUGGCGGGUGGUAUCGCAGCCCUGCGCGCCGGACUGGAGGCUCUGGUGGUGGAAGUGACCAAAGACCCAGAAUACAUCAGACAGAUGGACCAGACCAACCAGCAGCUGCUGAACCUCAUCAGACUCAUGUCCAAACCGUCCGCAGCUGGACUCAACAUGAUGGCCAGCAACCAGAGGAUGGGAGACGGUCCACGACCUCCAAAGAUGGGACGCUUCGACGGAGGUGGAGGAGAUGGAGGAGGCUACCGCGGAGGAGGCUACCGAGGAGGAGGAGGGGGAGGUUACCGAGGAGGGGGAGGGGGAGGUUACAGAGGAGGGGGAGGGUAUGGAGGUGGAGGAGGGUACAGGGGAGGCGGGGGUUACAGAGGAGGAGGAGGAGGAGGAUACAGAGGUGGUUAUGGAGGAGGAGGAGGGUACAGAGGAGGUGGGGGCUACAGAGGAGGAGGAGGAGGAGGAUACAGAGGGGGGGGAGGAGGAGGAGGAUACCGAGGAGGAGGAGGAGGGUAUGGAGGAGGUUAUUAACAUCUCUGGAAGUGAUGAAGAGAGUUGAUGUAAUCUGGGUUUUUUUUUUCUUAAGAUUAGUGACCGCACACGUUGUUAUUGUUGCUGUUGUUGUUGUUGUUGUUGUGAGGACAAAUGUUAGUUAUCAGGUCAGAGAACAUGAUGAUGAUGAUGAUGAUGAUGAUGAUGAUGAUGAUGACACAGAUGGAAACUCUUGUUAUUUGAGCUGUUAAAACCAACAUGUGAUCUUGUCCCUUCUGUUUGUGGAGCUGCUGUCAGUCACACAGUAAACAGUUCAGUUUUUAUCUCGUCUCUCAAACUGUUUGCUGUUUUGUUUUUUUUUACAAACAAUAAAAUCUGUGUGAAAUGUGAAAAUAAAAAAGAGGAAUGAUUCAAACA